AUGAGAAACAUCAUGGAGAGAAGCCCCCACGAGUCCUCCUUCUCAUUCUCCCGUAGGCACUUCAAGUGGCCGGUUCUCGGCAAGAGCAGCAGCCAUGGCGCCACUAGUACCGCUGUCGCCGAGGACGGAUUCGUCAAGAUCAGGUCCGGUAAGCAGGCUGAGAACGAGGAGGAGGCCUCCAUUGCUUUCUCCUCCACCUGCCCGUCGUUCCACUCGGAGGACUUCGCGUCUCCCCUGCCCAAGCCGCCCAAGCAGCAGCACCGCAAGAACAACAGCAAGCCGGGCCGCACGGCCGUGUCGCGCCUGCGCACGGCGCUGGCCGCGGCGAUCUCGGGCCGGCAUCGGCAGGUCGGCCUCGGCGCGCGCCUCACCGGCACGCUGUACGGCCACCGCCGCGGCCACGUCCACCUCGCGUUCCAGGUCGACCCGCGCGCGUGCCCGGCCCUGCUGCUGGAGCUCACAGCGCCCACGGCGUCGCUGGUGCGCGAGAUGGCCUCGGGCCUCGUGCGCAUCGCGCUCGAGUGCGAGCGCUCCAAGUGCGCGUCCGCGUUCCCCGCGGCCGCCGGCGCCGGCGCCGGCGCGGCGGGGAGGAAGCUGCUGGAGGAGACGGUGUGGCGCGCGUACUGCAACGGCAAGGGCUGCGGGUACGCGGUGCGGCGCGAGUGCGGCGCCGCGGACUGGCGCGUGCUGCGCGCGCUGGAGCCCGUGUCCAUGGGGGCCGGGGUCAUACCGGCGUCCUGCGGCGGCGGCGAGGGCGACGUCAUGUACAUGCGCGCGCGGUUCGAGCGCGUAGUGGGAUCCCGCGACUCGGAGGCCUUCUACAUGAUGAACCCGGACAGCAGCAGCAAAGCCAACAGCGUCGGCCCAGAGCUUAGCGUCUACCUCCUUCGAGUUUGA